AUGAACGACGAAGAAAAGGUCUUCUUCAAAUUUACUGAAAGUAAAAUUCUGCUAAGCGAGUUCUGUGAAGAAUAUGUUAAAACAAAAAAGAAGGAAGAAAUUCUCACUCAAGAAAUAAACAAAGUACAACAUAAAAACUGCCAAAUGGAAAAUGAAAUAGAGAAAUAUAAACAACUGGUAAGUAACAUAGAAAGAAAAAAAGACAAAGAAAUGGAAAAUUACAAUUUUGAAUAUGAUAUAAAAAUAAAGAAAUUAGAAACAGAAAUGGACGUACUUAAUUCUUGUCUAAGUAAAGAAAAAGAAAAUUAUAAUUUGAAAGCAACAGAACUUAUAGGACUCAAAUUGGAAAAUGAAAAAUAUAAAUCACAACUAAGUGACCGAAAAGAAAAUAAUACUCAAGAAAAGGAAAACAAAAAAAUGCUUACACAGAACAAUAUUAAUGUACUUAAUAAAAUAUACUCUGAGAUUAAUCAAAAAGUGGAAGCCAUAACGAAACAUUUACAUGAUAGCAAAUGUAACAGACAUGACAUUGAACAGAAAAUAAAAUCUUACCAAUCUCUUUUGAAUGAAUAUUUAAAAAAAAUCACAGACACAAAUUUGAAAUGCGAAAAAUUUUAUAAAUUACAUAAAGAAGCACAGUUCAAAAAUAUGCUCAACAAGUCAAAGAAAAAAGUUCUAAAAAGUCGCAUAGAGGAAUUAAAAAAUGAAAACCAAGUCUUGUCCAACCAGGUCGAUGCCUUAAAAAAAAAUAUUGUCCACAUUGAUGCCGAGAAAACGCAAUACUACUUAUUGCUCAAAAAGGCAGAAAAAAAAAAUUUGUUUUUUUAUCAUAAAUUUAAGGAAAAAAAUGCCACGCAGGACCAAGUUGUACCCGACCACGCAACUUGCACAAAUGGGAAAAGGAAUUCAUCUCAACAUAGAAACGAUGCAAUAACCAAAAAUGGCCCUCUCCCUUGGAAGAAAAAUUCAAAACAAAAGAACAGAAGCACGUCAAUUUAUAAGUACAGAGAUGUAGACAGAAACAAAUCAUACCGAGCUGACGAAUUUAAUAUCAAAAAGGAAAGGAAGCGAAAGAAAAUCUUAUUCUUUUCCGACAACGAUCAUGAUAAAAGGCAAAAAAGGAAAAAUGCAAUUUCGAAUGAGAAAAACAGUGUGCAGUACAUCGACUUAAUAGUUAACUCAACUGACUUACUUUCCAAUAAGUUGGGGCCCGAUGGAAAUGCCCCUAGAACCGCACUAUGCUGA